UCCCUCGGAUAACCAGGAGCUUUCGGUUUUCCAGGGGGUUGGACGAUCCAAAGCAAAAGACGAAGAAGGCGGAUAGUAGCGAUGGAGCGAGACGAGCUCGCCGAGUCGCUCAACGAUCUCUUCCUCAAUCUAUCCACGAUGGUCAAAUCCGAGCUCCAGGGCGCGAAUGAUCAUCUGGAGCUGCUGGAGAAGAUGAACCUGAGAGUGGCCGAGGAGUACCGGGGGUUCGGCGACGUGGCUUCGGGAUUGAGAGUGUUCGUGGAGCAGCUGAAGACCAAGAGCGGGAGCUUCGAGGAGUACGUGCGGCAGAUCGACGCGAUCGAAGGCCAAGUGACGCACUUCGAAUCCGUGAUCUCCAUGCUCGACAAGCACGUGUCCCUCUUGGAAUCCAAAGUGCAUUCAGCGUGCCGCACGCCUCAGUGAAGGGCUUCUUCGCUCCUCCCAAUCCCUCCGCUUUUCUAGUUCGCAGUUACUGUUCGAGCGUCGUAAAAAUCGUUUCAUUGUAAAUGUCUCGUCGUAUGGCAAACCACUCAUAAAUUCAAUCUUAAGGACUCGAGGAAGUUCGCCGGCCGGAAGCCUCGUCUGCUCCGAUUCUGAAAAAAGGGCCCCACUUCGUGCCUUUGUUUUUAUAACGAAAAAUCGGGUCAACGGGGGCGAAGCUGUCACAGGGUAUGGAUCUCGCCAGCCUCCUCUCUGCAUCCUUGAUUUCGAGGUAUGAUGGACGAGCCCAUGUAUCUGAAAUGUCGAAGUUUUGUUUGCUCUUCAUAGUUUGUUUUCGGAUACUGAAGCAAAUCCAAUGAUCUCACUCUUUGCAAA